GCUGAGGCUCAGGCUGUGCAGGGGGGGACUUAUUGCAAGGGACAGGCAAAAACAGAGGACAGAAAUCGUGCAGUGAAUGCAAAUAUAUACAUAUUUAUUUUAAUGCAGGGAAUAAAAACCACUUUGUUAUAAAUUAUAAUGCCCGGAAUGAUGGAAAAGGGGUCGGAAUACUUAGGGAAAGGCCGGUCUAACGGGACGAAAAGCCCCUCAAACGCCUCGAAUGGCCAUUUUUCGGAUGAGAGUGGCAGCGACGACGACCACGAUGUCGGAAUGCGUGUGGGGUCCGAUUACCAAGCCUGUAUUCCUGAGUAUGAACCCGGUGCUACAAAAUACACUGAUAAAGACACUGGAGGCAUGUUGGUGUGGUCUCCACAUCACACUAUCGUGGACACUAAAUUGGAUGAAUACAUCGCCAUCGCCAAGGAAAAACAUGGCUAUAAUGUGGAGCAGGCUCUUGGCAUGCUCUUCUGGCACAAACACAACAUUGAGAAGUCCCUGGCAGACCUACCCAACUUCACUCCUUUCCCAGAUGACUGGACGGUGGAGGACAAAGUGCUGUUUGAGCAAGCCUUCAGCUUCCAUGGCAAGAGCUUUCACAGGAUCCAACAGAUGUUGCCAGAUAAAUCCAUAUCAAGUCUUGUGAAGUACUACUAUUCAUGGAAGAAGACCAGAUCCAGGACAAGCUUGAUGGACAGACAAGCAAGAAAGCUGGCAAAUAGAAGUAAUCAAGAUGAAAGUGAUGAAGAGAUGGAGGAAGCUAAUCCCAUCGAGGCAAACGACAGCGAUUAUGACCCCACUAAAGAGACGAAGAAAGAGAUCCCAGUGGAACCCCAAAUUAUAAGCUCUAAGAUCAGCAUGGGCCGGCGAGACCAUCAGACCCUGCAGCAUCGUCACCACUCGCAGCGUUCCAAGUGCCGUCCACCGAAAGGCAUGUACCUCAUGCAGGAGGACGUGGUGGCUGUGUCUUGCAGCUCCACCGCUGCUAACACCGUCCUCAGACAGCUCGACAUGGAGCUCGUCUCCCUUAAAAGACAGGUGCAAAAUGCCAAGCAGUUGAACAGCGCUUUGAAACAGAGAAUUGAAUCUGGCAUUGAUGAGUACCGACUGCCGGAGGUAAAUCAGAAUUAUUCCAACCAAAAAGUCAACGCACGCUGGACAACAGACGAACAGCUGCUCGCCGUUCAAGGAGUCCGCAAGUACGGCAAAGACUUCCAGGCCAUCGCAGACGUUAUCGGCAACAAAACAGUCGGGCAAGUCAAGAAUUUCUUCGUGAACUAUCGGCGCCGCUUUAACCUGGAGGAGGUGCUGCAGGAGUGGGAAGCCGAGCAGGGAACUCGUGCCCCGAACGGAGACAGCACCGCUGCUGGGGAGGACGGAAAAACCAGCUCUACCCCACCUUCAGGAAAGAGUACAGAUGAAGAGGAAGAGGAGGGUCAGGUGGCACCUGCUUCUGGACCGUCUCCCAUUGCUGUAGCGUCAUUGGCCAUGGUAGCAGCAAGCGGCAGCACGUCCUUAAACCAGCCUCCUCCGUUACUACGGCCCUCUCUCCCAGCUACCCCCGCACUGCACCGCCAGCCUCCACCCCUCCAGCAGCAGGCCCGCUUCCUGCAACCUCGCUCAGCUCUGAACCAACCACCUCCGCUCAUCCGGCCUUCCAACCCACUCCCCCCACGCCUCAAUCCCCGCCCUGCUGCACCCACCAACGCCGGUUUGGGUACGCAGCCCCCCACACUAGUAGGCAUCCCGUCUGAAAACCCAUCCUCCUCCAUGCACUGAGCAAGAACAAGACCUAGAAAUGAGAGUGAGAAGAAGAAAAAAAUCCCAUCCAAAUUUCCUUGCAGUCAACAGAGGGCAGUAUUGAUCAUGUAGAAAAGCCUACAGCAUAAAGUUGUGUGAACGUUUUCAUCCACCACAAUGUGCCAGAACAGUGUUUCUUGCCUGGAAGUUUGUCAGCGCUAAAAAAUUUAAAAUAAUCCGGGAUGGAUGGUUAGGGUUCACGCCAUCAGACGUGGUGCUUUAAAACCUUCAGUUAGAUGAUCACCUAGUGAUUUUUACAUACAUACAAAUAUCCACACUAAACAAACCAUUCAUUGAGCACUUUUGGGGAUUGGGGUGGAGUCAUUCUGGGGAAAAAGACACUCCGAUCAGGAUAGAAAUGUUUCCUCAUUGACUCUCAGAAGAACUUUCUACUGAUUUGCAGUGAUCUUUUUUUUCCCCUUUAAGGGAGUGGAUUCAAACAGUGCCAAGAAAAACACUAAUCCAGCAUUAAAGAUCCAGUGGAUUUUUCCUUUUAAUGGUCCCUAUGUACUGCAUGUACAGUAUGGAACGCUAGCCUUUGAUCGACAUGUGUAUUUUAUGUUUAUUUAAAUAUUGUGAAACUGACCCUUGUGGUUGGGGGGGGGUGGGGGACGCUCUUACGACAUCAUCGCUGCAAAACCAAAAGUCUUGCUCUGGACCUGACCCAACUCCUCCGAAACCACGAGACGCUCUACAACCAAACAAUACACUUCUCAAGCUUGAAACACUCUGGUCAGGCAGGAGGAAUUGAAGUCUGACUUCACCCUCUAAGACUUUUGAUUCUGCGGUGAUGGUUCUCGCUCGCAGUCAGAAACUAAUACCGACUGUUUCGUUUUUUUCUUUUGUGUGUUUUUAUCAUUAUUAUUAUUGAAAAGGCAAAAAUCAAGUCCUGCUGUAUUUCCUUUUCCUGCAUCGUUCUUUUUUUUGUUUGUUGUUGUUGACUCCUUUUGUCGUGUGUGUGUAUAUAAACAUUUAUUUAUUUUUAUACUUGGUGCUAAAGACUACCGACAGAUUAAUGCCUAUCGUUCCAGAUCGAUUUUCACCAUGAAAGUGCUCUUAAGGUUUAAGAGAACAUUUGUCUUUUAUUUAAAACAUUUCAGAUUUUAAACAUUUAUCACAAAGUCUCAGAUUUUUACACAACACUACUCCGGUGUACGUUUUAUGAUACGAUCAUCGACUGGGCGGCUGAUUUAUUAUUUUUGGUUCUUUCGCCUAGAGUGGUCUUAAAAACGGUGGAGUCAUGGAGACUAAAAAUUGGUGGCAGUCGAUGGUCUUUCAGUAUGUUUCUACAGUACAAAAAAAUGUCUCAUUCAGAUCCAUGUCAAAAAUGUGGAAACAGAAUUUUAUGGGCUGUGAGACACGUGUUCGUUUUGUUUCUCUGCAACAAUCUCGGUUGAAGGUUAAAUUGGACAGUAAAUGAGUGGAAUAAAAGUUCUCUAGAGUCGAAAUAGGAUAUUUUGGUCUCUAAUAGAACAACUUGUGUAAGAGAAGAUGUGAUCAGACCCCUCACCACCCCACCACACACACACUCACUCACACAUUGAGGUAGAGGUUUGAUGGUUUGGAUUGGUUUUGUAGCAGUGAAGGUUCCAGAAAGCGGAAAGAAUCCUGAACCAACACGGCUCCCAUUCCGUACUCCAACAUUGAGCAGUUCCGUCUGGACUGCGUCUCGUUGGAUCCGACUUCACCGUACGACUAGACGAUGAGUACGUCUGAGUUCUGUAAGUGUUAUUUGGAGAGCAGACGGACGUCUGGAGUGAUGUCUAUCAUGAAACCACCUGCCCAGUCACCGCACCUCAAUCCUACUGAACUGCUCUGGGACGCCGAGACCAUGUAAAGCUGUUCUUCAUGCUGAGGGAGGAUUUUUAAAUGAACAUUAGGAGGAUUAAAAAUAAACAUCUGGACUUUUAUAUAUUUGUUUGGUCAAGGAAAUCAUCUUAUCGCUACAUUACCGAAUUUGUUGCAUAGAAACAAAAGGAACAUAAGAGACAAUUUAGUGUUUUCACCACACUGUGAACGUCACGGCCCAUAGUUACCCGACAACGACCCCAUUUUGACCGCCAAGGUCUUCCAUCAUCCUGCAAACCCAUUGCCAUCCAUUAUUUUUUUUGUAUAUGUUGAUUUUGUUUUAGUUUUUUUUUUAAAUCAUUGCAUAGCAGAUGAUCGAACCAGAGAUGAAGCUGUUGAUGCAGCGUGCACGUUCAUUCCCAUUCCCUGUAGCAUUAAAUGAUGUACCUUUUUUACGUAGAGAUGGUAUCUAUGUUCGUUUGUUUGCCUGAACAAAAACAAAGGUUGCUCCUCCUCCGUGUUUUGCUGUAAUUCCACCUCAUUUUUGUUGAUUCCACCUGUAGAGAUUCCGGGUUGUCGCUCUUCUUGCAUGUCACUACAGUACGUAUGGUUGUGUACGUGUUUGAAUUCUUUUGUGUCGUAUUUUCCCAUGUAUGCUCUGUGGUCUGAUUUUUCACUCUUCAUGUACUGGUCUCUGUGUAAAAGUUUGUCCCUUGUUUUUAAUUUUUUUACACAAUUACCUCUUUAGAAUGUCAAAAUAUUUGAUAGCACUUACUGAUUUAGUAGGAAACAGCCUUCCCAGUGGAUUGAAACUCUCUCCCUGUAACACUUGACCGUAUCCAUGUCCACUUCCUCUGCGUUUCAGGCAUUAAAGCAGGAGUGGCCACAUUA